CUUUUUAAAUCUAAAAUAAAAAUUAGUAUAGGAUACUAUUGAUAAAAUAAAGUUUAUUAUGAUAACUAAUUUUAUGCUUUACUUGGAAUAUUGUAAAUAACUUAAUUAUUUUAUUUAAAAAAGCUUUUCUUCACACUAUCAUUUUUAGAUUCAUUUGCUUCAGUAAAUUCGUUUACCUCAAACCCAUAACGUAAUAUGUAUUCUUUGUGCGUUCAAAAACUUCUAUUCUAUGCCAUUGACAUAAACCGCAAUAUUGGAAAUUCUGGAUAAUGUUGUCAUGACAACAGUGUUGUGUUCAAAUUUUCAUAACAACGACAUCAAUAAGCAAAACUAUUAUCAGUUAGCAGUUUAAAUAAUUGAUGUAUCAAUAUUCAAUAACUCUGUGAUGCUUGAAAUUGACAUGAAAUGAUUUGUCCUGAAAUCGUAGAGUGAUAGAUCAUUGAGCUCUACAAUAAUAAUAUGCUACCAAUUCGAGAUUUGAUUAUAACAACAACUGAGAACUAUUGCUGUAAAACGAAUUUGCAGCUUGAUAAAAAAUCUGAAGAGGCUUUAUCAGAUUUCAUUAACAACCCACAGGUCCUAAUACUACAAAGCUUCAUAAAUGAUCAAAGUAUUUGUCUAUAUACUAAAAUACAGAAUGAUAAAAACAAAAGCAUUGUUUUCUAUAAAACAUCAUCUCAACAGUUAGUGAAAGAUGAUGCUGCACAAAAUAUAAAUAUAUUGACUUUGUCCAACAAUACAGCAGAGUCUUUAUAUCAGAUAUGGAGACAGGUCUAUACCCCACUCCUGGCUGCUGGAAAUGACUUGUAUUCUAAUAAACUGCAGAAAAAUCUCUCUGACCUGGAAUCCAAUCUAAGGAUUCUAGCUCAUGGAAAAGGAAACACCAAUGUAUAUGUUGUUCUAACAAUACAAGACGAAUUGGAGUAUUGGAAAGUAUUGGGGCAAAAACGAGAUGCUAAUAAACAUGAAAAAGAAGCAGCUUCCACUUUUUGUGAGUUGUUUGAAGAUGUUGUUGAAGAGUUGAGAACGAUCCAGUCCUGCUCAAUAGAUGAAGUCAGAGAAUCGGCAGAAAAUAUAGGGGGAAUAUUAGAUGAUGUUUGGCGGUUCUCUUCCUUGCCUUAUGCACAAGAGAGGAUGGUUCAUGUGUUCGAUAUAAUUGGUCAUGAAAUGUGCACUGUUAUACAGAAAACGGUGACUACCAGCGAACUUUGGAAAGUCCAUAAUAACAACAAAGACUCUGAAAUACUGACUCUCCUAUCUGAUUGUUUGAAAGUUAUUCAGACUUGGAACAGCGCAUGUGAAACAUUAACUGAAACAUACUGGCCUAAUUAUGCGCUCCAUACUUGGACGGGAAAACCCUAUGUACCACAGUUUUGCGUGAAUUUCCAAACUAGAUUGAAAGAGAUCCAUGAUAUCAGAUCGACGCAUUGCCAGUUAAAUAAAUUGCUCUCUAAUAAUGAAAGAUUAGAACUUCAAACUCAUCAACUUUUUCUACCGUUUGAAAGCAUCAAUAUUUGGAUGUGCAAUGGACCGAACCCUGGUUGGGAAAAUGCCGUGUCCCGAUUUUCAACAAGCUUACGCCCAGCUGAAACCAAAGUUGCUGACAAACUGAAACCUAGACUGCACAACAUAUCUACUAAACAAAUGCUCUAUGAAUUUAUGAGAUACAGUGCUCUGAUAGAAAGACCCCUUGUGAAACACGCACUGAAUAAUGAACUGGAAAUAUUUGUAUCAUCCCUUAUCUCAAUGAUGAAGAGUGUACAGACUCAGAUGGAUGCAGACGUAGUGGACGUCAAGAUGUAUCAGCCACCAGAAAUGUCUACCGUUGUUCAUCAAGUACAGUGGGCUAAACAAAUGGAGGCUAAGGUAAAAGAUAUCAAAUUAUGUGCCGAAAAGUACCUAAAAGAAUUCGACGGCAGUUCUGAACUAUUGACGCUUGCUACCAAAGUUUUGAAAGAUCUGAAAACGAUGUACACUCAACUUCAUGAAGAGUGGUGUCGCGAUCUCCAGGCGCAAGCAAAGAACGGCUCCCUCCAAAUGUCGUCGGACAAGCCGGUGGUGGAGUUCAGCGGCAGCAGCCGGCUCAUGGUGGUGAACUUCAACCCGGGGCUGGUGCGCGCCGAGCAGGACGCGCGCGCGCUGGCCGCACUGCGCUUGCCGCCGCCGCCCGCCGCCGCCGCGCUCGACCAGCUCACGGCCGCGCUCGCGCAUGCCCGCCCGCUGCAACAGGUGGCAUCAUUUCACAACACGUUGGGUGAACGUAUGAUCCCUUCGACCCGCCCGAUGAUGUUGCAAGCAGCUCUCGAUCUCUCCAACUUAGUGCAGGACCAAAAAGCUGUAUAUUGGGACGAUGUCGAACAACUCGAAAAUUAUACUAAUAAACUUAAGAAGAUUGUCUUAAAAUUAGAGACACAGAACACGUAUUUGACUAGCCAACAUGUAGCUAUCAGGAAUAUUGUUGAGAAACUAAUAGAUACGGAACUCCUAUCCAAACAAUCUGAGUGGAAGAAAAGUGUUAAAGACAUCAGAGAUAUUAUAGACACGGUGGAAGCUAACGGUUAUAAGAAUACUGAACUGUGGCGGUCACACUGGGACUUGCAGUUAUAUAAAGCUCUUGAAUAUCAAUAUAUAAAAACUCUUCUAUCUUUGCAUAAGCAUUUUCCUUUAGUGAAGGUGGAUCUAGUCCUACGUGGACACGCAGUGCGGGUGCAGCCUCCAAUGGAAGAGCUUCGUGUGCAACACUACCAUCAGCUUCGGCGCCUCGUGUCGAUGCCGGCGCAUUUUGUCGGCGUCCAGAAUAAUAUUACUGAAAAACAAACUAUAUUUGCUUCGAUUGUCGCAAACCACAGCUGGCUGGGCGACAAGGGCGUGCGGCAGCUGGAGGCGGGGCUGGCGCGGGUGUCCGCGCUGGCGGCGGGCUGGGCGCGGCGCGCGGCGCUGGGCUGCGUGCCCGACCUGCCCGCGCUGUGCCGGCAACACCUCGCCACGCCCAAGCACUUCGAGGACAACUUCAAGGCCUGCAAGGCCUACGGACAGGCCGUCGCCAAGAUGACCUUCGAGGACGAAAGAAUAGAAUGGAUUAUAGUCGGUACUACGACUUUACGUCGCGAGUUUGAAGCCCAAGCACGAAAUCUUUGGGCGUGUCUUAUGACGACGUUGGUUGCUAGCUGUCGAGAAGACUCGGCACGUGUUGAUGCAUUUGUAGCUUCUGCAACGGUUAUGCUGGAAAACCAAGCUUUGCCGAAAAACGCUAAAGAAUUAGCGGAAAUGAGCGCCACACAGCAAGCUUUGCAGCAACAGAUGCCUGAGAUGGAAAAGACCGUAGAAGAUUUAAAACGAAAAGGUCAUAUGUUAAGGACUUGGGGCGGAGAUUCUUCAGUUGAUGGCACUAUGAAAGAAUGGCUAAAGAUACACGAAUUGAUGAUCAGCCAGCAAAAGAUGUUUGAACAUCAGGCUGAACUAGUAAAAUCAAGUUUAGAUGGGGAGUGGGAAAAUCUUAACACGAGUGUGGAAGCUUGGACCUCGCGAUGGAUUCAAGCCAAGCCGCGUCUAGAAGACACACUCGGUGCGAGUUACACGGAGAUGCUCGAUAGAUGUCGCUCUGUGUUCGAAGCGCAUGCGCAUUACAACAAGCUGGUUUCAGAUAGGGAUGAGCUACUAACGGAGUGUCAAAAGUUCAAUAUGAAAUUGAAUUUACCUGAAAUAUGGAAGCAAGCUGAAAAACUUAUGGAUGAAUACGUUGAAUUAUGGACUCCACUUAAGGAGUACGAUGAAGAAUACGAAUCUAUUGCAUCGCAAGAUUGGAUAGUAUUCCAAAAGAAGAUUCAUUUAAUUGAAGAAUUUUUGGCCAAAUGGAAGGGUCGCUUAGAACCAUUUACGACGAUUACGUUAUAUAUUCAGCAAGAGCUUGAGAAAUAUACGGAUUUGUCACUAUUACUGAAGUAUGUUCGGGGAAACGACUUUACUGAACGUCAUUGGCGUGAGGUGUACAGUCUUUUAGAAAUGGAAUACAAGAAACCAGACACUCUACAAGUUAGAGAUCUAUUGAACGCUGCGUUAAAUAUUAAGAAACAUAUAAAAACUUUGCAGAAAAUCUGUGUAUCUGCGUCGAGCGAGUCAGCUAUUAGAAAUGCUUUGAACGAAUUGGAGAUCUGGUUUGCCGGUGCUCGGUUUACUAUCACCUAUUACAAUGAUAAGUCAAAACGACCUACGCCUAUCGUGAAGGAUUUUAAGGAUAUACUUUCUAAGGUCGAGGAGCAGCAGUGGGUGGUGUCGUCGCUGUCGGGCAGCGCGAGCGGCUCGGAGGCGUGCGCCGCGUGGCAGGCGCGUCUGCGGGCCGCGCGCGCCUUGCUGCGGGCCACGCACCAUGCGCAACGCAGAUGGUUAUAUUUAGAACCAAUAUUAUCCAACGAUGAUGGAGAUUUAGGAGUCAAGUUCCGGAAAGUGGAUCAAGGUUUCCGUCAAGUCACCCGUAUCUUAGAAACUGAUCCUAGACUGUCAGCACUUUUGCAGUCGUCUAGAUUACAGCCGAUGUUGGAUUCCAUAUCUGAGCAGCUUUUAGCUUGCCAGUCGGCCCUCAAUGUGUAUAUAGAUGAAAAACGCUCAGUAUUUCCCAGACUUUACUUCUUGAGUGACGAUGACUUGUUAGAGCUACUGGGCCAAGCUCGUGCCGGUGCAGACGGUCGAGCGGCCGUUAUGCAAAACCAUCUGAAGAAACUGUUCACGGGAAUCACUGGAGUGCGUCUUGGUCCCGGUGAUAUGUCCAUUACUGCACUGUGCAGUCAUUACGGAGAAACAUUCCAACUAGACCACCCGGUUGAUAUCGACUGCCCUGUUGAGGUAUGGUUGAAGAACUUGGAAGCCGAAAUGCGAUCAUCCCUUAAAAACAUGACCUUGAAAUGCAUAGUUACGAAUUCACUACAGGAGCAGGAUCCAUUUUCAUUGCCGACACAAAUACUCUGUCUGGCACAAAACAUUCGUUUCACAGAGCAAGCUGAAAAGGCAAUAACUUCAAAGGAAUUACAUAAAUUAAAUGCCAAUAUUGAAAAGGAAAAUUCAUACUAUGCUUCAGCCGAAAUAGAGGACGAAAGUGAGCGACGUAAAAGACAGGCGCUCAUAUUACAAUGUGCUCAUUAUUCGUCAGUCAUCAGAAUUCUGAUAGACAAUAAUGUCGUGUCAACUAGCGACUGGCUGUGGCAAAAACAGUUGAGAUUUUAUUUGCUAGGCUCCAAAGAAGUGGUAGCUAAAAUGGGUUUAGCUGUAAUAUCGUACUCUUACGAGUAUCUGGGAGUCAACACGGGUCAGUUCGUCCGUACGGAACUAGCUGAUGAUUGCUUCUUUAUUUUAACACAGGCUCUACAUCUUGGCUUAGUGGGAAAUCCAUUUGGACCAGCAGGAACUGGAAAAACAGAAUCGGUUAAGGCAUUGGGAAGUCUCGUUGGCCGUUUAGUGUUAAUCUUCAAUUGUGAUGAGGCCAUGGAUGCGGAGUGCAUGGGCCGCCUGCUGUCCGGGCUGGCCCUGUGCGGAGCGUGGGGCUGCUUCGACGAGUUCAACCGCCUAUCUGCUCACACACUAGCAGCUGUAUCGCAUCAGCUUUCCUCUCUGCUCUUCGUCUCUAGCGAUCGAACGCCCGGCUCCGAACACACAGCUAUCCUCAAUGGAAAACAUGUGCGCGUGUCGGGCUGGUGCGGCGUGGCGGCCACGCUGAACCCGGCGGGGCGCGGCUACGGCGGGCGGCGCGCGCUGCCGGCCGCGCUGCGCCGCGUGCUGCGCCCGGCCGCCAUGCUGCAGCCGCGCGCGCGCCGCCUGGCCGCGCGUCUGCUGGCCGCCGCCGCCGUCACGCACGCCGAACACCUCGCGCACGACCUGCACGACGUCUUCACACUGGCCAGCUCAUUACUGAGCGAUCAGCGUCAUUACGACUGGGGCUUACGCGCGCUGAAAGCAGCAGUGGGCAGUUGUGCCGCCAUGCUGCAGAAUCGGAAUGGAGACCUAACCGAGAAGCGAGCUGCCGCACGACGUGUGCUCACACUCAAUAAUCUGUCUAAACUUACUCGAUACGAUGCACAAAGAUUUGAAAACAUAUUGUCGUUGGUGUUUGCGGACGUCCCCUCCGAGGAAUCCAGCUCUGACCCAAUAAUCUCAGCGCUUGAAACUACAGUCGCGAAUCUCAAUCUAGUGCACAACAAAUUCCAGAUCCAAAAGUGUGUUGAGUUGUACGAACAAAUGCAGCAACGAAUGGGCGUAGUGAUCGUCGGCCCACCGGGAUCUGGUAAAACUACCAUCAGACGACUCUUAAAAUCUGCUCUAGCUCUUCAGGGCAAGAGCAUAGUGGAGUACAUAAUAUGCCCAAAAGCGAUGAGUCGAGAGUGGCUUCUGGGAAAUAUCGACAACGACACACGCCAGUGGACGGACGGCGUUAUAUCAUCCACUGCACUUGAAAUAUCCAACCAACCAAGUGACGUGUGGUCGUGGGUUGUGUGCGACGGCGACAUCGACCCGGAGUGGAUCGAGGCGCUGAACUCAGUGCUAGACGACAACCGCCUGCUCACGCUGCCCUCCGGCUGGCGGAUACAGUUCGGUGCCAACGUCAACUUCCUCUUCGAAACCCACAGCUUGGAGUACGCCUCACCCGCUACCAUCUCGCGAAUGGGGAUCAUACUUUUCAGUGACGAUGUAAGCUGCGACCUGGACGUGUUGGAUGCUUGGAUGAGUAAAGCUGAUUUUGAUAACGAAAAUGCAAAACUAGCGCUGCCUCUAUUACAACAAACUAUCAAGAAAUGCAUUCAGUGGCUAGCAGAUCAUAAGUCCGAUCUUGCUUUGAAACUUCAUAACAUUUCUGUGGUAAAACAAAUACUAACUCAAUUUGAGUACAUAGUUCAAGAUACAGGUUAUAACACGGUUGGCACAGUACCAGAAGAAAUGGUCUACCUUGCCAUAGAACGAACUGUCGUCGACGCUCUCAAAGAUAAUGCUAUUGAUGCCUUUCAUGAUGCGGUGUGUGGGGCGGUGGCGUGCGGCGCGGGCGCGGGCUGCGAGUGGGUGUCGGAGCGGCUGUACAUGUCGCGGCGGCUGGGCGCGCGCGCCCCCGCCCUGCGCGCCGCGCUGCACUCGCCCGCCGCGCACCUGCUGCUGCUGGCCGCUGACGCCGCCGCCGCCAAUCUCCUGGCCGAGUACAUAGUGAAGGAUUGUAACUCGGCAGUCAUAAUAAUUGACUGCACACCCAUUUUAGAACCCACUGAUAUCAUCGCUGAGCUAAAAAGGAGUAACCUGGUCCGGUCGGGCGGGGGUGGCGCGGGCGGCUGGCGCGGCACGCUGCUGCUGCGCGCGCUGCACCGCGUGCGCGCCGACUGCUGGCGCUCCAGCCCCGUGCACAACUUCCUGCUGCAGUUAAUACAACACAACGGUUUCUGGUCUCGAGGUACCGACGAGGAAGGUGGCACCGGCACUCAGUGGUGUCAAGUCGUACCGCUGCGAGUGUUGGCCACGGCUACACAACUCAACGCUAUAUCACCGCGAUUAGCCGCUGCUAUGGACCUUACUAUUCUGAGCGACCCGGAUGAUGAAGAACUAUUGGAAAUAGCAACGAAUUAUUUAAAGAUCAGUGUCGAUAAGAGUAUUCCAAUAAUAGAAAUCAAUAACCUAGCUGACACAGUUCUCUCUAUGUUCAAAGAGGUGACAGAUACCUUCUUCUCGCAAGCGCAUUACAAAUGGAACGCUUCGCAUUUGAAGAGGUUGUGUGAAAACAUCAAGUGGUACAAGCCAACUGAUAUGGACCAACUUUUAAUCGCAAUUAGUGCAGAAGCAAACUUCAUAUUCAGAGAAAGACUAGUUUCCGAGCAAGAGAAAGCUAUGUUUAACGCCUUAUCAAGAAAAUAUUUAAAAGUCAAUACAGAAGAAAUGUAUUUUGCUUGCAAGUUACGAACUGAAGGCGUGUAUUUAGAACGGUCAGAUUACGACGUCUGGUAUCAAAAAACUCAACAACUUAUCAACCAAUGCUUGUCUGAACACGAACAAAAUGUAUUUGGAGAAACUGGUGCUGAGGUUUGUUCAGAGCUAGCUCUUUUGAUCCCAGCUAUGGCUCGAACGAUGAACGGUGCUUUAUUAGUGUGCAUCGGUACUGCAGGUGUGGGUCGACUGGCUGCAGCGCAUAUUGUUGCAGCUGCGUUACCAGCAUCUUUGUUUAUCAUAAAUAACGAAGCACAGUUCAAUACACAGCUUAAAAAUGCGGUAUCCGCUGCGGGCGAGGGUCGCCGCUCGCUGGCGCUGGUGCGCGAGGCGGCGCUGGGGGGCGCGGCGCUGGGCGCGCUGGAGGCGCUGCGGCGGGCGCGAGCCCCGCACGCGCUGCCAGCGGCCCUGCGCCCCGCCGCCGACGCACAACACAACCUGCUGCGGAACAUAAAAGAAAACCUCGGCAUUGUCAUAUGCUUAGACAAAAAUCAAGAAAAUCUGCCAGAACUAAUGGACAAAUAUCCAUUACUAUACAAUGACGGCAACGUAGUCUGGUUAGACCGCUGGUCUGACGAGACGUUGCGCGAGAUGCCACGUCUCAUCGUACAUAGAUUAUUAAAAGAAAAUGCAGUAGAUAUGACUAAAGAACAAGUUGAAGCAUUGCCCGUUGACGGAUUUAUGAACAUUCACAAAAGUAUCGAUGAAGAGUGGAAACAAGCCCCGUGUCGAUACGUUAACUUCGUGAAGUCAUAUCACAAUAUCUUCAGUAGGAAGAAAACCGCAUUGGUGCAAAGGCAAAAUAUGCUUUCGGCGGGGGUGGAAGCCUUGCGGCGGGCCCGCAGCGACGUGUCCCGGCUGCAGGGCGAGGCGGCGCAGCAGGAGCUGUUGCUGCGCGACAAGCAGGCGGCCGCCGCGCACGCGCUGCAGCAGAUCAGCGCCACCGUGCGCGCCAACACCGACCACAAGGACGAGAUGCACGCGCUCAAGCGGAACAUCGAGCUCGAGAACGAGAAGCUGCAGGCGCAGAAAAAAGAAAUAGAAGCUGAAUUAGCAGCUGUGGAACCUAUUAUAGCGGAAGCGCGGUCAGCUGUUGGAGAUAUACGGCCAGAGUCUCUUAGUGAAGUGCGAUCUCUUAGAGCCCCGCCGGAAGUAGUGCGUGAUGUGUUAGAGGGCGUAUUAAGACUUAUGGGUAUCGCUGACACUUCAUGGCAUUCUAUGAAGAAUUUCCUAUCGAAACGGGGCGUGAAAGAGGAUAUUCGCUGCCUGGACGCGUCGCAGAUCAGCUCGGGCGCGCUGGCGAGCGUGCAGCGGCUGCUGGAGAGCCGCGGCGCGUCGUUCUCCCCGGCGACGGCGCGGCGCGCGUCGGCCGCGGUGGCGCCGCUGGCGGCCUGGGUGCGCGCCAACCUGCACUACGCCGCCGCGCUGCAGCGCGUGCAGCCGCUGCAGGCGCACCAGGCCAAGCUGCACAAAAAUUUAACAGACGCCGAACAACAGAUGGCAGCUCUGUCUAGCGGGCUAGCCACAGUAGAGGAGCGUGUGGCAGCGCUACAGCAGCAGCUGGGCCAGCACACACGCGACGCCGCGGGGCUGGAACUCAAACUGACGCAGGCCAACGAAACCAUCCGCGCUGCUACCGACCUCAUCGAGCAACUGGCACACGAAUAUGCCGCCUGGGAGAAUGACUUGGAGUACAUAUCUAAAGAAAUAUCUCAACUAAAUCAACGGUCGUUACUAUCAGCGGCAUACAUCGUCUACUUGCCUGAUGUGACCGAACCACUUGCCAGGACCUUUGUUGAGAAAUGGAGUGCACUUAUAGAUUUUAAGGAUACAUCGUUUUCGAUCAUAAAUUUCUUGUCGUCUACUGAGAAACAACUUAAAUGGGAAGCCGAUGGUCUUCCGUCAGAUUCUUCUGCUAUUAAAAAUGCGGUAUUGAUUGAUCAGUAUUUGGAGAGUCAAAAGUGCGGCUUUACCCCCUUAAUUGUGGACCCAGAUGGUGAGGGUUUGGCUUGGCUAAAGAAUACGCUGGCAGACUCCCAAUGCGAUUUCAUAUCGCAACGUAGUGAGAAACUGACAACUGCUGUUCAAUAUGCUGCCAGACUGGGCCGCACGCUGGUGAUCAGCGACGUGGAGUCCCUGCACUGGAGCUGGCGCGGCGGCGGCGCGCGCGUGUUGCUGCAGGCGCGCGCGCCGCCGCCGCUGCCGCCGCACGCCGCGCCCGCACUCGCCAGGAUUAACUUCACGCCCACACACCACGCCCUUACCGAUCAGCUAGUCAACUACGCUCUGCAACAGCAAAAUCCUGAAGUAGACGAAAAGAAUAGAGAGAUAAAAUUAAAGAAGGCAACUUUACAAAAACAGCAACAUGAGCUACAGGAGAACUUACUCCGCGAGCUAUCAAACAAAGCAGAGAUCUUGCAAGACACGGGUGUACUGGCAUCUCUGAGCAAGACUCGCGCCACGAAGGCGACGAUCGCGGAGUCCCUGUCGGCGGCGCGCGGCGUGCAGGAGGCGACCGCGGCGGCCGCGCGCGCCUACUCGCCCGCCGCCGCCCGCACCGCGCUACUGGCACUGGCCACCAACAGCCUGGCUGAGCGCUGGCCACUCAUCACGCUGCCCGUCGACUUCAUACAGCAUGUGUUUGUAGAAGCUGUACGGAGGCAACAGGACCAAACAAAUAUAAACAGUGAUGAAGUUGUCAAGUAUGUAACACGAAAAAUUAUGGAGAGGGUUUUACUUGGCUUACAUAAGAAAGACAAAUAUGUUGUUGUUUUGUACCUUUUAAAACAGGUGUACGAUAAACUGAUACCAAAUGAGCUCUGGCAAAUAUUCUUAGGAAGCUAUGAUUUAGAAGAUACUAGUAACGUUGAUGAAAUAAGAAGACAAUAUUCUUGGAUACCGCAAGAUUGUGUUAAAAAAGUAGCUAAACUGAAGGAAGUAAAUACAGAUCUUUUUGCAAGAUUAUCAUUGAAUAACGAAGAAGAAUGGAAGCAGUUCCUUCAAACAGGCGACAUCAAUAUAAUUAAUAAGAUGAAGCUCACCGCGUUCGAGGUUGUCGUCGCCGUUACAGUAACACGACCGGACAGUGUGUAUCGAGCUAUUGUGGCCCUCGUGGAUCAAUUACUAGGUGCGGGUGUCCUGCAGGGCGGGGCCCCGGUGCAGCGAGCCCGUGCGGCGGCGAGGCGGGGCCCGCGCGCGCCCCGGCCCUGUCUGCUGCUCGCUGCGCAUGCGCGGGACGCCCUAACCGCGGCCGCCGCGCACACUACACUCACAUACGUGGGGGUAGAGGAAGGUCGAGACGCAUGGGAGAUUGCUCUCGAGUCGUCUCGCGGUGGCAACUGGCUCGCCAUCCUCUUAGGAGCCUCCCCUUUUACCGACGACCUGCAGGCGUUUAUCUCCGCCUACUUGGAAUCACCGGCUGACCAUUUCAAUGAGGAGUUCCGAUUAUGGAUAUUAUCCGAAGACCGCGACAUACCGCCACUUAUUUCUAACGCUUGCGUGAAUGUCAUACUGGAGGCGCCAGAGGGCGUUAAGAACAACGUGAUGAGCUCGUUGAAUGCGUGGGGCGCGUACACGGGCGACCCCAACACCGUCCGGCUUCACGCCGCGCUCGCAUUGUUCCACGCCGUGGUGCAGGAGCGACGCGCUUACGUCCCUGAAGGAUGGUCGCAGUUCUAUGAGUGGGAGUGGGGCGAUGCGGAGGCGAGCGCUCGUCUGAUCCGCAGCGCGGGCGGCGGCGGCAGCGUGGGCGUGGGCGUGGGCGCGCGCGCCGCGGUGGGCAUGUACGGCGCGCGCGUGUGCGGCGAGGCGGACGCGCGGGUGCUGGGCGCGCUGCAGCGCCGCUACCUGGCCGACGCCGCGCUGGCCGCGCGCUGGCGACCCGCGCCGCUCGAUCAACAGCUGCCCAUGACGAAAAACCUAACGGACUACAUUCCUGCUUUUGACGCGUUACCCGAUAUCGAUACACCACAACUCCUAGCUUUGCCUGCUAAUUGCCGUGUCGCUUGGGAAAAAAAUGCGGCCAAUAAUAUCAUAACGAAUCUGAAAGAAUUACAAUCAACUGCCAGUCUUGCCAACAAAGCUGAUAAUCUAACACCACUCAAAUCAGUUUUGUCCCUUUGGAAGAAACUUAUGUCCGGAAGCCCAUUUUUAAAAGGAGACUUUCAAGUAGAAAAGGCGGGCGGCGGCUGGUGGCGCUGGGCGUGCGAGGGCGAGGCGCGCGAUGCCCUGCGCGCGGCGCCGCGCCUGCACGCCGGCCUGGCGCAACACGCGCGCACGCACCGCGCCGCCGCGACCGCGCUGCAUACUGUGAGUGAAGAGUGGCAGCUUUUAUGGGCGGGACCUACCACGGUGGACGCGUACGUGAGAGAAUUUGGUAUGCGGGCACGUGCUGCACUCUCACGGUUAGAGACCACGCCGCUUAAUCCUGACUACAUGCCUACAGAAGUGGACCUACGAUCAUUCCUGCGGCCGUCGCGCGUGGUGACCGCGCUGCGUGUACGCACGGCCGCCCGCCUCGCAUGCAGCGUACACGCACUCACGCUUACCGUGAAUUGGAACUGGACUGAGGGUGAGAGCGUCCAGGAUGGUCUGGUGGUGCGCGGCCUGCGGCUGUGUGGAGCUCAAUGGGCCGGAGGAGCACUGCAAGCUGGCUCGUCUGCUGACCCCCCACACUCGCCCGCGCCACCGCUGCUUCUGCGCUACGUAUUGCAGGAGGGCUCGAGCGCGUGCGCGUGGGAGCGCAGCGUGGAGGUCCCGGUGUACGCGAGCUGGACGCGCGACUCGCUCGUGUUCAGCGCGCGCGCGCCGCUGGCGCCGCACUACGAGCCCGACGCCGCCAGCCUACACGCCGUCGCACUCAUUGUUCCCGAGCAUGACUACUGAGUAAACCCCACGAACUACGUUCCUAUCACAGAUGUCGCUUAGAGCCACUGGGAUGAGAUUAAUUACGAUUCCUGCUCAGACCUUCCCAAAGUUUUUCUUAAAAUAAUUAUUUUGUUUAAGAUUUGUUCCUAUUAUUCUUAUUAAAUAAACAUUGUAUUGUGAUGUGUUAUUAAGUAUAGUUACAAAAUGUUCUAGUUUUAAGUUGAUUUGGCACAAUAAACUUAAUUAUUAGUGUG